UGAUUAGGGGACACUAAAACACAUGAAUGAUUUCAGGAAUAGGGUAUGUCUAGUUUAAUUAAAAGAACUUUGCGUGACAUGCUAUCAAUGUUCCAAUAUUUGAGGGGCUGCCACAAAGAGGGGGUCAACCUAUUCUCCGAAGCUCCUGAGGGCAGCACAAGUAGUAAGGGUUAACUUAUCAAGGAGAGAUCCAACCUAGAACUAAGAAACUUUCUGACAAUAACAAUCAAUCCGGAAAAAAUUGCCUUCAGAAGUUGUGGGUACUCUUAUCACUGUAGGCUUUUAAAAGGAGACUGGCCAGCCAUUUGUCUGCAAUGACACAGGGGUCCUGCUUGGGGUUGGACUAUAAGAUCUCCAAGGUCCCUUUCAACUCUUAUUCCAUUAACUGGUUAUAACCCCUGCUCUUGAAACUGUACCCUAGAGGUAGUCCUCAAUUUUACAGCCUUUCUUACCAGUCUUAAGUGAAUUACCACGUUUAAGUGACACGGUUGUUAAGCGAAUCUGGCUUCUCCAUUGACUUUGCUUGCCAGGUGACAAAAGGGGAUUAAGUGACACUAUACUUAAUCCCCUCUUGUAGGUCAUAAACUGUUUCAAUUCCUACCCUCAAAAGAUGCUAUAGAGCACUGCACACCAGAACAACUAGACACAAGAACAGUUUUUCCCCAAACGCCAUCAUUCUGCUAAACAAAUAAUUCCCUCAACACCGUCAAACUAUUUACUAAAUCUGCACUACUAUUAAUUUUCUCAUCGUUCCCAUCACCCAUUUCCUCCCACUUAUGACUAUAACUUUGUUGCUGGUAUCCUUAUGAUUUAUAUUGAUAUUGCUAUUGUUUCCUGAUUAUUUGUAGCCUAUGACUAUCAUUAAGCGUUGUACCUGGAUGAAGAUAUCUUACAUUGAGGGUAUAUGCACCAAAACAAAUUCUUUGUGUGUCCAAUCACACUUGGCCAAUAAAAUUCUAUUCUAUUAAGUCAUAACUAGGAGUCAGUUGCCAAGUGGCUUAAUUUUGACCAGGUGGCCAUGGGCAUUGCUGCAACGGUCGUUAAAUGUGAGAAAUGGUCCUUAAAUCACUUUUUCUCAGUUCCCUUGUAACGCUGAACCGUCACUAAGCGAACAGCUGUAAGUCGAGGGCCAUUUGUAUUCGGGGAUGGAUGAGGAUGAUGGGACGAGAGAGCACGGGCCUGGCUGAUGGAAGAGCAACUUUCCCGCGCUCCGCUUCUCCCCCUCUCCUCCCCCCCACACGCGAGGCAGAGCGGGGAGUCUGCGCAGUCCGGCCAAGGGGGCGGAGAAAAGCCUCGCUCUUCGCUUGACGGCCUUCCCGACGGGGCCUCAAUGGCAGAGGCGAUAGGUGCCCGCCUCGUUCGGAACCGCUUCUUCGGCGGUUUCGUGUGCGGAGCGGCCCUGGGCGCCACAAUCUCCGGGCUGCUCUCCAAAAAUCUCCUCACAAAGCCCGACUGGCCACCGAGCACCGCCGCGCCCCAGCCAGAACAACCGCUCCCAUCAACACCACCGCCGUUGGGAGAACCUGGACCAAAAUCUAUAUUGGAAAGAUAUGGAUUUCCUGCAGCUGGAACUCAGAUCAGAUAUUACACCAAUCAUGCUCUCUCUUAUGAUCAGGCAAAACGAGUACCUAGAUGGGUGAUUGAACAUAUUUCCAAAUAUAAAACAUCAGGCAAUGCAGACAGAAAACAUUAUAAAUUUAAAGCAGACCCCAACAUCCCUUUCAUGUUCAGUGCUGUGAAUGAAGAUUACAUCGGCAGUGGCUGGUCACGAGGUCAUAUGGCACCAGCAGGGGACAACAAGCAUUCACCAGAAGCCAUGGCAGAAACAUUUUAUCUAUCCAACAUCGUGCCUCAGAACUAUGAAAAUAAUGCUGGUUUCUGGAAUAGAGUGGAGAUGUAUUGCCGGGAGCUGACUGAAAGAUUUGAAGACGUCUGGGUUGUUUCGGGACCCUUGAUGUUACCUCAGUUGGAUGAAGAUGGGAAGAAGAAGGUUAUCUAUCAGGUAAUUGGGAAAGACGAGGUGGCUGUACCUUCUCAUCUCUACAAAGUCAUUCUUGCCAGGCGAAGUGAAGUGUUUCAAGAUCCUUUGCUACUUGGAGCCUUUGUGGUACCAAACCGUCCUAUUGGAUUUGACCAUCAGCUUCAGGAAUUCCAAGUCGGCAUUGAAGAUCUGGAGAAAAUGUCCGGCCUUGUUUUCUUCCCAGAAGUGAAUAAAUCUGAAGAUGUCAGGAAUAUCUGUGAGGUUGAUUCUUGUAAGCUAAUGACCCUGGAAGAAUUUACUUUGUAUAUCACAACUCGGAAACUACAGAAUGCAAGGACACCAGAAAAGCUAGGGAAAAUCAUGUCUGAGUUACGUGAAAAAGGAAUUGAACCGGAUGAGUAUCUCUUAAAGGUUUAUAACAAGAAGAAAGAAGAAUUAGCUGAACAAACCGCAGCAGAAGUUAGAGAAAGAAAAGUUGGUUGAACUUAAAAAGUUUGGUGUUGUAUUUUCAGAGACGUAGCUGCUAAAAAAAGCUUUCACAACCAUUCUCUUUGGCUCUUCUCCUAUGAUAAAAAUUAUGAAAUUUGCCAUAUGAAAUUGAAACAUUCUCUGUGCUGGGGGUUGAUAGGGUUGCUUUUCUAAGUUACGCAUUAAAUAUUCAAAUUUAUGGGAUUCUUUCAUGAAACACUAGGAAAAAACUACUGGGAAUAUAAGCAAGAUUUUUUCAUUGCUAUCUAUUCAAGGCUUUUCUAAUAUAUUUGCUUUAGAAGUGUUUUAUUCUUUUCUGUUAAGAUUAUAUCAGAUUUUCAUUUGACAUUUUUAGAAUAAUAUCUAUUAUUUUCUUCCUUCCUCUUCCCUCCCCCAGCCACCCCCAGUUUCCCCAUUCAGCUGCUUUCUUCAUGGGAAUUUGAUUAAAUCCACAUUUCUAAUUUAAAAUCUGGGUAUACAGCAUAAAACACAUACACACUCUGUUUAAACGUCUUACAACAAUAUCUCACAUUGAGCUCACAUAUACUGCCAUGGUUUGUUAAACUGUGAUGUAAUUACAAAAACAUCAGUGACUGGAUUUACAAUGGCUGGGUCAGGCAACUUACUAAAGUAAAACCAAAUGAACCAUAUAAUAAUACAUUCAUGUGUGAAUUCAGUCAUUUGAGUAUCUUUACUGCUGUAGUAGGCCAGCUCAUUUUUUUUUAUUAUGGCCAGCUAUUAUUUUUUUAAGAGAAAACUGAUUGCUGUUUGUUUGUAGUAAUACAUUAUUAUAAUACAUUAACGGUAUUACUGUCCUGAAUUUAAAUCUCUCUUGAUUCUUCAGACUAAGCAUUCUUACUACCGUCGUAGUGACCUCAUCUCUAGAUUGGCCAAUUAACACCCUGUUUUAACACUGCUUUUAUUUUUAUUUUUUCCCCUUCUGCAACUUGUUUAUUUGACAGGUGUUGAUGUCCUGAGAGUGUUAUUUUGUGAUUUUUGAGUAAAGUGUUUUGAAAUAAAGAUAUUCCCAAUA